AUGGCAGACCAAUCCAAACUCAUCUCUUGGGACUCCUGUAUCCGCCUGGUCAGCCUUUGAGGACUUGUGGCUUUGUAAUUGGAUUUGUCCAUCUCCUAGACUGGCUGCCUGCCAGGUGGGGGCCCAUCCAUUAUCUUCGCCAAUCAGGCUAGCGGGAAGGUUCCUGUCUUUUUCCAUGGCUAAACCAACUAGGCUCGUAAUUUAACACUUUUAUUCGUAUUUACAGAUGGCAUACGAGUUUGUUAUUAAGGCACAUGAAAAGUUCAAAUGUUCUAGAAGGCAUUUCUGCCCAAAAAUGCAUUUUUGAUUUUAAAAAAUAUGUUUACGUUGAAAUGCCUCUCCUGUGAAGUAGUGACGCACGACAUAUGUCUAGUUUCCUGAAACAAGUCAUAUAUUACUUUCGCUUUGGUCUUCCAACAUGUGGGAGGAAACUGCGCAAUAGCCUCUAAUGCGACGUGAAUAGGUUUAUUCAGUGGCCUAUAUCCCUGGUAUAGUCCCCAUCUCCACUAAUCUGCAUAGGAUGCACUCAUACAUUUACAUUUCAGUAAUUUAGCAAGACUGCACAAUAGAGUCAUUUAUAGUAGUGAGUGCAUACAAUUUAGCCAGUUAUCAGUUGCCGCCUUCAUCCGCCUUUCCAGACGUUUGGGAGAUGGGACUCCUGUAUCCACCUGGUCAGCCUUUGAGGACUUGUGGCUUUGUAAUUGGAUUUGUCCAUCUCCUAGACUGGCUGCCUGCCAGGUGGGGGCCCUAACCGGGUGCUGUCAGCCGGAGCCAGCUGAGACUCGCAUGGGGUAGGGGCGUCACUGAAGUAGCAUGCAUGGCAGAGCAACAAUACCCGCUAAAUGUGCUGCUACUCACAGAAAAUUUCAGAGAUCUCAAAUUAUGAUUUCAUCAAAUGUUCACAGUCAAACAACCAAUAAUAAUGCGCGACUCUGGUUAUUUUCCUGUGUUUGGUUCGGACUGCGUUCUCACUGGCAGCGAACCGCACCACGGUACAAAUUUAAUCGGACAGAGACCACCCUUUUUGAGCGAACCACGGUGCGUUGUUUAGUGCACUCCCGAAGUGCGGAUAGAAUAUUCACACAAGUCCAAACGAACCGAACUAAGGGGGUAAACGCACCAGAGUUCAGAGAAAAAAAAAGAACGCACCAAACCAUUUUAGUGUGAAAGUCCCUUUAGUUUCGCUUAGUUAUUUCUGGUUGCUUAUCAAAGUUAGCUGGCUAACUCAUUGAUCCUGCUUUGUGCUGAGAAGUUGGUGGAUGUUUACAGUUGUUGUUUCACAUCACACACAAAGGCGCACAGGCACACACACAAACUCUACACACACACACAGUUGGAUUUGUGUGGAUAUAGCUGCAUGUCUUUUUGUACACAAUGCAGGUGCUAGCGAAGCAGGGGUGCUAUGGUGUAGAAAUACAGCUACAGGACAAAUGUGCUAACAUAUAUGGAGGCAUUUUCCCCAAUUAGGAGGUGAUUUCUAUCACAAUGGCCGUAACCAGUGUCUCUAUGAAUAUAUCUAUUACUGUAAUAGCAGACACCUAUUCAGUCAGUUCAGUGUUUGAUUCCCCUCUGUAACACUGUCCAUUAGGUAGUAGCAGAUGCAUUUAGAGCGGGUACUAUUAUUAUUAUAAUGCACCUCUACCUCCCAUGAUUACUGUAUUAGCUAGUCCUUUUCUGUCUGUCUGGGGCUGGUCUCAGCUGUUGUGUUGCAACAUAUUUCCCUCUGUCUGGUCCCGAACCAACCCUGCUGCCUGUCCAGACUCCUACACAAACCUCAGGUCUGCUUAUCUUUCUCUAAGUGAAAAUAGUUUGGGCUAGUAAUAACCAUGCUGCAGCUUGUAGUAAAGCAGGUUCAUGAUGUCUGUCAGAGGACAUGGUUCACCACAUCUUUGCAAGUUUGGUGGUUAUACCCCCCUGGUCUUGCAUCACUGCAGAGUAGAGCAGAGUAUAGCCUACUACACAGUGAACGGUCCCAGUGGGUAGCGUGGUAGCCUGGAUGGGCCAGUUAGCCCAGUUGGUCUGUGAAGCGAGGGUCAGUGGCAAUGUAGUACAAGCCUGUGAAGAGAUAGACAGGGCCAGUGGCACUGUCUCUGGGCUUGUCUCUCUCUCUCUCUGCUGUUAUCCAUGCGUGGCUGGUCACACGCCGCCUAACACAGGCGCACACUCCGACAUCAGUUGGCACAAAGCAAGGCAGUGAGGCUGUUUCCUGUGAACGCUUGUCUUGGGUGAGCCGUAUUUACUAUGGUUUGUCUUUACACACCCUUUGGUUGAAUUCACAAAUUAAUCUCUAUGUCUCUCUGUAAUCCUCCAAUGUCUCUAUCUCGCUCUGUGGAAAUAAAUGGUUUUAAUGAGGGCAUCAGCAUCCAGCCAGUGACAGAAGCAGAGACAGAGAUAGAGGUUGACAGGAGGAAAGGGUGCAGACAGACAGACUGGGCUCAGCUAUGAUGGCCAUAACAAUCACCUCACAUUGAUUUCCUAUGUCUAGACGUGUCUCGACACAGAAUUCUGCCUUCAUCUGUAGCUGAUUUUUGCAAUAAAUGUUGUUGUUACCAUAGAAGACAAACACAGAGGUGCUGAAGGAGAGAGAAGAAGGGGUGAGGGUGAAAGAAUAUCACACAGGGUGGGUGGCAGGCUGCAGUAUAGGGGUGAGGGGGUUGGGGUAGCAUUAUUACUAGCCUGGUGCAAGAUCUCUUUGUGCUGUCUUGCUAACUGCUAUGGUAAUUGUCACGCCAAACACCAUAGGUGUUUACAAGACAGAAAAAAACUGAUCUAGGAACCAGGCUACAUUAUUGCUUCAUGCUUCCAAUGAAACCAUGAAAUCUCAUGACAGUGUAAGGUCAAAGCAUUUUUUCUUCAUGAUGAAUACUGAUUAGCAGAGGGGCGUCAACCAGCCCAGACAGUCAUGGAAUGCAGAUCUACUGCAAUACAUUUAUUUUACGGUGGAGACAGAGAGGAGGAACACAAGCUACACACACACACGCUUCCUAAUGCUUCUUCUCCUAGACUGAUCAAAUGAAACUAAACUGCAAUAAAGUCUUCCUCAGUGACUACUGUAAAUAGUAGGCUAGUAUACCUUCACUUACUAACACAUUGUGCACCAUACUUCAAUGCCACACAGGGACAGACUAGCCAUCUGGCAUUUCGGGUAAAUGCCAGAUGGGCUGGUCCAUUUUUAGGCCAGUGGACCUGUCUAACUUGGGAUUUUUGGGCAAAAUUAUCAUUAUCUGGCUAAUAAUGAGGGCUUCAAGGGGGGGGGGGGGGGGGAAUGGGCUGCUGUGGGGACCUCAAGGAAAAAAAUGGGCCAGUGUGUUAGAAAUGCCAGGGCUGAUUUGUGGUCCCAGUCCACCAAAAGCCACAUUCAUGUUUACGACCCAAGGCAUCAACAAGGCAGUUUGUUUCAGUUGGAAAAUGUGUUCAUGUUUAAAAACAAAAUCUUACCCUCCCAAUCUGAAAUAUAUUUUGAUAAAAACAGAUCUACAACACCAAUGUUUUAUGAGUUACCAUGGUUUCUAUGUGCGUAUCGAUGUAUGAAAAUUGUUUAUGCAUCAUAUUAGAUCCAACCAAAUGAAGCAUUUAAGCAUAAGACCUAAAUGGACUGACUCCGAAAGAGUCUAAUGACAGAGGGAGAGAAAAUGGCCCAUGAUCCAGGUCAACCAAACCUCAUUCAGUGGGUUUUACUUUCCAGAUGAGUAGGAAUGGGGGGUAGAAGUGGUAGAUGAGGGUAAACGGCAGUGCCUUGCUGCAGUGCAUCUAGAGGUUUGUUUAAUGGCCUGUGACUGAGUUGUAGUCAAGCUGAUCCACUGUGAUUCUUUCAAACGCAUGCAAAUAUGUGUAUGGAUGCAAACCAAGGUCAGCUAACAGAUUGCAGCUGGGUUUCACUUCCAACACACCAGAAACUGUUGUUUUCUUAAGUGGCUAGUAUAGCCAGCUACUAUAGGAAACGAAUAUGAAAACAGGCUGAGUAAUUCAAUAAACAUUCAUGCACAGUGUCAACCAUACAUACGCUCAUACAAAGACAUCAGUAGCUAUGCACAGAACAAAGAACUGUGGUCUAUUCCAGUCUGACCUCUUAACCUGCUGGAUAAAUCACACUGUACUGUAAUGUCCUAUACUGUAUAUCCAUCUGGAAAUAAAAAUGAUUGUAAUAUUAUUGUAAUAAAUCACUAAGAUGCUUCAAGGACUAAAGACAUUUUAAUACAUGUUUUGAUAUAAUUUCAUGAGUAAAUUUGAUUGUCUGUGUAAAGGAUCAUGGGCAGGUGUAUAAAGGCGCUGGUGAGACUUAAACAUGGCACCAUUAAUGGCGGUUAGUUUCGAUUAAUUCUGACGCAUACCAAUAGUUGACACAUCCUUCAUAGGAAGUGACUAGUUUAUUAAUGAGUGGUUGGACAACAUACCACACAAACCACAGCCAGUGUCAUGACAAGGUAAAUAAUGAUGUCAUCUGUCAUGACCUGUCAACGCAGUUAUUAUAGGUUUAACGCCAUUGACUGUUCGUCAUGGUUACGGAAAGUCGGUUGGUCCUUCAACAUUCUGUUCAAGUAGUGGUGCAUGACUCCAGGAUUUUUGGUGCAUGACUCUUGCUCGACUCCCAAAACACGCUGAAACGGAUGUGCACACACGUGCACACCACCUCAUUAUUGCAGAGUCCUACUAGGAAGACUACAUUUGCGUUCUAGAGGACUGACAUGAGCAUGAUGCUGCGCAUUUCCUCAUCAACUUAGCCUAUAAAAGGCCUCUUUUGUUUGAAUAUAGAAGGUGAUCUGUAGGAACUAGAAUAUUUCUGCUGUGCGCAGCCUUGACCGAUCCCAUGGGAUGAUGCCGUGCACUCUACGCUGAUAAACCUAUUAUUUUCCAUGUUAUAGCCCUAUUCGGACGGGUAUUACUAGAGACAUUGGUUAUGUCAUUAUUAUCCAAGCAUUUGCGUUUUUCCAGAGGACGAUUCACACAGGAUUCGUUUUUCCAAACUGCCCCCUGUAAUUCUUUAGUUUUUUUUAUGUAAUUGACUCAUGACGGAAGCCUGAAGGUUUUUAUUCUAGGCGAAGAUAUUUCAAAUGUCUAAAUGAUAAUAAUAGGCUAUACACUGAUAACUUGUGCUUGGCUGCCAAAUGUAUUGGUGUCCCCAUAAUAUUUAAAUGUAUGAAGUGUGAUCAUAAUCAUAAUUUUAGCAAUCCAUGGUAGAUGUCCUUCUUAAUAACAAUGCCCCCAUCCUGCUGAUAUGAGCUGCUGAACUGCAUUUGCAUUUUACAUGCGAUUAUGGAUGAGAAAGGGAACUUGCCAUUUCCAAAAAGUUCAUUGAUAGCCCGUACUUUAGUGAACUUGUGCGAAACAUUGCAAGCAAAGAAAUUGAGAGACACAGCAUUGCAAUAGCCUAUACAUCUUUUGAUUACCGAUGCAUGGUUCUGACUGUCUGCCUGGUAGCCGACAUGCCUACCUAUGCCUGGCUGUGCCCCUCCCCUCUCUCCCCCUCCCUCGCAAGCUCGCUCUUUCUUUGCUGUAAAAGUUGUGAGAGUUAGUAUUCUCAGAAGUAGCCUAUGGCAACUAGUUUCCUCUUUUGCAAAAAUACUGAAGCUUGACACCCAUAAAUGGGAGUCGACAGGCAAGGAAUCAAGUAUUUUGUAGUCGACUCCCCACCACUAUGUUCAAGUCAAAUUCUCCCAAGAAAGUAGCCUGGUCCAAGAUCUGUCUCGGAGCCGUGACUGUUGGAGUCGUGACAUUGACCGACAUUGACCGAAGGAGUUGGCAAGACAGCUCUAACAGAUCUGAGACCAGGCUACCAAGAAAUAACCUAUGUCUAGAAAUCUGCUGCAGGUCUGGAAAUAGACAGCAAUAAAGGGCUGCUGGCUGACUGCACUACAGUAAAAUGUUGUUUAGUCAGCUACCUACUCAGCACUAUUAGACCCCGAUGCCAGAGUAUAGCCCUUAUAACUCCCAACUGAACUGAUCCCAGACAGCCUUGCAAAUGAGCUUAAGCUGUCAGCUUAAAAGCUUUUCCUGAAACUGAGACGUCCUCUCAGCUGUGAUGGCUCUAUCGCAGUCAACACACACACUGCCGUAAAGAAACACGGACGCACAUACACAGACAUGUAUGAAUGUUGGCAUACACACACACACGAAGAGUCAACUUCAGUAGACUACAGCAACAUGCUGCAGUGUGUACCUCCAUUUCUCAUUAAAAAGCAGUGAGAGCAGCUUGGUUUCUUCAUGAUGCACUACGGUCAUACCCUGCUCCAGGGGGUGAUAAAAGGGUUUCAGUGUUUGCUCUUUGCUGUAAGUACAGUCUAAAAUUAGUUACAAUAUUUCAAUCCAAGUAGGAUAAUACAUGUGUCUGAUAUCUGCUUGACACAGCAUCUUACCCUUUAGUGGUGAGCAAAGACCACUGCAUUUCUUACUUCAGUACAAGGUAGAUUGACUGACAAAAAGUGUGUGGGUUGUUGUUGGUUAGAAACAUCUAACAGAGGGGCUCCAUUGUGGCAUGCAUCAGACUAUUUAGUUGUGGAAUUCAUCAGCCACUUGUCUUGAGGGCUAUAUUGUCUGCCUUUUCUAUUCUUCUACAAACAUGUUGGAGGGUAGAGGAUUCUAUAUGUGGUCCUGUGCAGCUCAGUUGGUAAGAGCACGGCUAUAGCAAUGCCAAGGUUGUAAGUUCAAUUAUUGCAGGGAUCACAUACACUUACUACAAAUGUAUGCACUCACUGUACUGUAAGUGGCUUUGGAUAAAAGUGUCUGCUAAUUGGCAUUUACGUGAACAAGAGGAUGUACUGUACCUUCAUCCUCUUAAUGUGUCAACUUGGAGAAGCCAUCGGGUUUAGAGGAGAGCAGGAGGAAGAUCUACAACUAGCUACAAUAUAUUCAACUCUGCUGGGUUGAUUUAAGAUAGAUUAGGAAUGAUGGGGGAUAUGAGGGCUGGCUCAGUCAGUCAGACUGUUGGAAAUAGAGUUCGAAAUUGAGUUACCGGAAAAAUUGAGUUUCUAAAAUUAGGCACCUAAACCUAGGCCGCAGGAUGCAUUCUGUCAGUUCUGAUACAGUUACUGUUCAUAUACACUCCCUCACUAGUUCUCUCUCAAUCUCCUCUAUAAGUUUUGGUGGUCCUAUCUUCUACAGUCACAGGUUGCGUCCCAAAUGGCACCCUAAAGUAGUGCAUUAUGUAGGGAAUGGGGUACCAUUUGGGAUGCAGCCACAUACUGUAUUUAGCAUCAGCAGAGAGACACUAAAACCCUUUCAUGGUUCCAUAAUUCAUGCUGACAACAUACAUUAUUUAUGGCGUUUCUGAACUGUUUGCCAGUAGAGAGAUUCCCCAGCCAGACCCUCUAUAGUUCCUGCACUAACACAUUUUUAUUUAUGAGUGUCUGAAAAUUAAAGAAGAUGUAAAAUGAACUUACUCUGGGGCCAAACAUUAUAGAACGUUAUUGAUUAAAAGGACAUCCCUGGUUCUUUCACUGUCUUCAAGACAUCUCUUCGAAAGCUCUUUUCUCAUGUAAUGUCUUCCUUUGAAUAGAUGGACAUUGAGUCAUUCCAUAUGACUUCAAUCCCUUUCUGACUGCACCCCUUUUGAUUUGAACGAAACUUUCCAUAUAUGUUUGCCCAUGGUAGAAGUGAUCAGACAGUGACUUUUUGUUGAAUACCCCACCCCAUCAUGAGACAUCUAUGUCUUCAGUCUCAAUGAAAGCAAGUCUAAGAAGCAGUAGAUCUGUUCUUGGUGCGCAAAGGUUAUGCUUCCCGUUUUUUAAUUUAGUUUUUGCAUCUUUUACUUUUGGUUUUGUACACCAGCUUCAAACAGCUGACAAUACAAUAUUUUGGGUUAUGGAAAAUAUAUUUCACAACGGUUUAGAUGGUACAAUGAUUCUCUACACCAGGGGUAUUGAACUCUUACCAGCAGGGCCUACGGGGUCCAGAGCCUGCUGGUUUUCUGUUCUAACUAAUAAUUAAUUGCACACACCUGGUGUCCCAGGUCUAAAUCAGUCCCUGAUUAGAGGGAAACAAUGAAAAAAUGCAGUGGAACUGGCUUUGAGGUCCAGAGUUGAGUUUGAAGGCGCUAUACUAUACUUCAUUGUUUUGUCACAUAUACUGACUAUUCGAACUUGAGCAACCAGGAAAUGGCGGAGGGAUUUCUGCAUAGUGCAUCUUUAAGUGGGAAUAUCCAUUGUUAUAAAUUAAACUGUCAAUCCUCCAUAAGAAACUUAUUGAAAUCAUAGAAACCUAUACUGAACAAAUAUAUAAAAAGCAACAUACAACAAUUUCAAAGAUUUUACUGAGUUACAGUUCAUAUAAGGAAAUCAGUCAAUUGAAAUAAAUAAAUUAGGCCCUAAUCUAUGGAUUUCACAUGACUGGGAAUACAGAUAUGCAUCUGUUGGUCACAGAUACCUUUUUUUUCUAAAGGUAGGGGCGUGGAUCAGGAAAUGUGUCAGUAUCUGCUGUGAUCACCAUUUGCCUCAUGCAGUGCGACACAUCUUCUUCGCAUAUAGUUGAUCAGGCUGUUGAUUGUGGCCUGUGGAAUGUUGUACCAAUCCUCUUCAAUGGCUUUGCAAAGUUGCUGGAUAUUGGCGGGAACUGGAACACGCUGUCAUACAUGUCGAUCCAGAGCAUCACAAACAUGCUUAAUGGGUGACAUGUCUGGUGAGUAUGCAGGCUAUGGAAGAACUGGGACAUUUUCAGCUUCCAGGAAUUGUGUACAGAUCCUUGCGACAUGGAGCCGUGCAUUAUCAUGCUGAAACAUGAGGUGAUGGCAGCGGAUGAAUGGCACGACGAUGGGCCUCAUGAUCUCGUCACGGUCUCGCUGUGCAUUCAAACUGCAAUCGAUAAAAUGCAACUGGUUUGUUGUCCAUAGCUUAUGCCUGCCCAUACCAUAACCACACCGCCACCAUGGGUCACUCUGUUCACAACAUUGACAUCAGCAAACUGCUUGCCCACACAACGCUAUACACGUGGUCUGCGGUUGUGAGGCCGGUUGGACAUACUGCCAAAUUCUCUAAAACCAUGUUGGAGGCGGCUUAUGGUAGAGAAAUUAACAUUACAUUCUCUGGCAACAGCUUUGGUGGACAUUCCUGCACUCAGCAUGCCAAUUGCACGCUCCUUCAAAACUUGAGACAUCUGUGGCAUUGUGUUGUGUGACAAAACUGCACAUUUUAGAGUGGCCUUUUAUUGUCCCCAGCACAAGGUGCACCUGUGUAAUGAUCAUACUGUUUAAUCAGCUUAUUGAUAUACCACACCUGUCAGGUGGAUGAAUUAUCUUGGCAAAGGAGACAUUUUCACUAACAGGGAUGUAAACAAAUAUGUACACAAGAUUUGAGAGAAAUAAGCUUUUUGUGCAUAUGGAAACUUUCUGGGAUCUUUUAUUUCAGCUCAUGAAACAUGGGACCAACACUUUACAUGUUGCGUUUAUAUUUUGGUUCAGCAUAGAUAAUACAAUAGACAUUCACAUUAAAUUGGACAUUUGACAGUGGAUGGACCGGCGGCCAUGUUUCUGGUAGUAAUUGGAAGUUAAAUGUUCAAUUCAAUUUAUAUAUCUAUGGUUUACCAGCUAAAAUGCAGUGGUCUGAAGGGAUAGGUCCAUUCUAUGAAUUAUAUUUAUAUGAUUGAAAUGACACCCACCCUGUAUUCUAGAGCAUGCUGUGUCAACCGAUGACGGGCACAACACAAACACUUCAGGUGAUGUAAAGCUACAACAUUUGUAGAAAUGAGAAAAGUCUGAGUUUACGCGUUUUUAGAUAAUUUACAUUAACGAUUAAAAAAUCCCAAUAAAUGUUUUUGUAAAAAUCCCAAGAAAUCAUAGAAUAGUUCGAUAACCCUGUUUGUAAACUUUAAAUGAUAUCAAACUCAACCGUUUAUCUUUUUGAUGAAGACAUGGAUGUAUCUUGGUGGGGUAUGCAAAAUGGGUAAACUUUGAGCACCUCUAUCUCCUGAAUGUUUUGGCAUUCAGGUCCAAAAAGUCACUGAUCACUUCUACCAUGGGCCAACAGGUAUGGAAGGUUUUGUUUAAAUCAAAAGGGGUGCAGUCAGAAAGUGAUUGAAAUCAUAUGGAACAACCUCAUUAUUAGAUGAAUUCUCCUACUGAAAUGACCCUGAAGUGAAAAGAUGGUGAUGCAUCAUCAUGAUGAUGAUCCACUGCAGUGGUCAGAGCAGGCUGUGAUCAGGUCAGAGGUCAUGACCAUUAGUCUCUGAGACACUAAUGCGGUCUUCAUAACCAAGUGGGAAGGUGGUAUUUACCACAUACGACUGGGAAAAACCCACUUGAACGCCCCUCCAACUGGUAAUUACAAGUGGGAAACUCAUCUAUCAUCCCUGAGCUCCGACUUCUCCCACAUGCUGACCUCUGACAUCACCUACUUAGGAAAUGACCUCGAUUCCAUCGUUUUUGGCAGUUAAAUGUAAAACAUUAUUUAUAAAAUGCAAUCUACUAAUAUGGUUUUUGAACACUAUAAUUUGUUUAUAAGCAUCAUAGAUGUACUUUUAGUUUAUGGUUGACGCAGCUUGUUGACAAUCAGAGUUUCUCAACGAGUUCAAAGCAAGUGAAUGCUUCCAACUGGUAUUUACAACUUCACAACUGGUAAUUACCACCUUCCCACUUGGUUAUGAACGCAGCAAUCACAUCGGCUCUUUUCGAGCUGAUCUGAUUGGUCAAAAGACCAAUUAGUGAAAAAAAUAUAUGAAUGAAUAAAUGUAUCAUAUUCUCUAAAUGAAGAACACCUGGCCUUGGCUUGAGAGACUAGCUAUCUGAAUGAGCCAUGUGUAGUGCUGCUGUCCUUAACCUCUCUCUCUCACACGUUAUAUAUCUUUCCCUUGUUAAGGAUACAUUCACAAUAACUUUCGCCACAUAUUGUUUAACAUGUUAAUGCUGCAUAAUGUGGUGUUAUGCAUUUUCACUAUUCUGUGGGAAUGUCUGGAGUGUCCAUACAUUGGUAGACCUACUCACGUAAGGUGCAUUGUGCGGAGCUUUUACCGAAAUUGUGUUGAAUAAGAGUAAUUAUCUGUUGGAAAUUUGUGUUUAUCUGGUUACAGGGACCUCUUGACCAUGUGUAUCCACAACAAAACUGCCCAAAAUAUUCGCAUAAGAAAUGCUUCUGUUCAAGAUAAAGUAAAAACAUGCUGUUGAUGCCAUCAAUGCCGUUCACUCUCGAAUUGCAAGUUAUGCAAUAGUCGACUCUAGUGGUCGUUCGCGAAAGAACGGAUCUUUUUGGUGAAUCACAACGGUGAAAGAGCCGUUCAUUUGGCUCCCUGAUUUGCAUACUAUUACUCAUGGUUUUUUUUUUGCUUUAAAAACGAUUAUCUACAAAUAAAUUACAAAAUCAUUCUCUGAAUAUGGUGCAUCCUCACAGUCAUUCUGGUCCACGCUCAUUUUUGCAGUGCAUAGAAAAUUAUUCAUUCACCCUUGUUUUGCUGGCAAUAUAAUACUUUGGCCAGGUAGUCCCGUGUAGCUCAGUUGGUAGAGCAGGAUUGUAGGUUCGUUUCCCACGGGGGACCAGUAUGAAAAUAAAUAAAUAUGUAUGCACUCACUAACUGUAAAUCGCUAAAUGUCUAAAAUGUUUUUAAAAAUGUAUUUGAACAUGCAUAUCACGAUCUGACAUAAUCGUAGCCUACUUUUGGGGUUUAAAAUUAAAGCUUUGCCGUUCUUUCAUGGUUCUAGGUCGAUUUUCAAACAUUUCUAAUGAAGAGCCGUUUUCAAGCAGUUUGAAUGAAGACCAUCAAAACACAAGCGAUUAGAUUAGGAAAUACCUACCUUUCACUUGAGUCUCGUAUUCCCCAAUAAUCUCCUUGUCCUUCUUGACUCUCGUAUGAGAUGACAUGAUUCUUUAGGAAUAGAUGAUGGACACCUAUAUAUACACCUCGCCUCGCGACACCACAAAGUAGCCUAGCCUAAAAAUCUCUUCGGCAGAGACAGUCAAAAGCGUGAAGCAGGGGGGGCUACUUGCGUUUCAGAGAUCUUCAGGGUCUCAAAAUGCACUUGAGGUUGCAUGGCGAUCAAGGCGACGUUGAACUGGUUAAAAGUGCAAAACAAAUCUAGACAACUCCCCUCUUUCCUCAACAUAACAUUUUUGAAUGUCCAAAAAAUAAAAUAAAUAAGAAUCCGCAUUUACUACGUUUGGUCAAUUAUAUGUUUCAAUACAACCACUGCCUUGCAGUGGGGAGUAUGCGCAAAGAUUGCAUCGUUCAAUUUUCCAUACGCCUUUCCAGCCACCCUUUUUCUUGCUAGUUCUCUGUGCUGCAGCAAGAGUUGGAUGCAGACGUGAUCUCAGACUCCUCCCACACACCCCUCCCCUCACACAUACUCCCUCACUUACACACAUGAAGAGGGUAAUUAUAGUACAGUGGUUAUGCACGUGGUGACAAAGCAAUAUAGAAGUGUUGCUGAUAUAUGGUGACAGAUUUUUAAAUGAUAAGAUUGAAAGAGGCACAUCAUCGUUAGCACAGACACUGCUGACCUGGAAAUUAUGGCAUAAGAUACCUACAUUUUUAGGCUGCUUUAUAGACCUCAAUGUAUCCCUCUGAAUACAUCCCUCAUAACAGAAGAGAGACCUAUACUGUUGUAGUCUAAUAAUAAUAUCAACAUUGUUUUGAUGUUGGAUAAUAUUUUGAUGUUUCAUAAUAUAACAGCUACGGCAGUCAUAACAUAACAAAACAUUGUCAAUGACACAGAAUUAAUGUUGUUAUUAUAAUUGCUAUGACAAAACGUAAGGAUGACAGGUUUUUCUUGUCUCUCUGCUGGAAAAUAUUACUCAGCAAGCCAAGCAUGAGCCUUCAAGGACAGUCAUUGUGGCUGAAUGACUCACAUUUCUUAGUAGCCUUCAUUCUAAAGACAGUUUGAAGAUUAGAUUUACCAGUAAGGCAAUGAAUGAAGAGUCAUUUGAACUGUCCCCAUUCUGUGCACAGGAUCAAAUGUGAAUAAAUGUGUACAGAGAUGUUCAACAUAUUUAUAUUGUCUGAAGGUUUGCAUCUACGGAUAAUAUGUGAGUUUACUAGAAUUGUAUUCCUGCAUGAUAUAAUAUCUGACUCCAGGUAAAGCUAUUACUGUGAAGGUAUUCACAGUAGGCGGCAGAUAGCCUAGCGGUUAGAGCGUUGGGCCAGUAACUGAAAGGUUGUUGGUUAGAAUCCCCGAGCCGACAAGGCUCUGUCGAUGUGCCCUUAAGCAAGGCACUUAACCUUAAUUGAUCCUGUAAGUCGCUCUGGAUAACAGCGUCUGCUAAAUGACUAAAAAUGUAUUCUUUUUAAUAUCCAAAAUAAGCAGUAAUGCACUGAAGGGUUUCACAUUAAAAGAAAGGAUCGAAAUCAGAAUAGUACGUUGGCAGUGGCACUGUAUAUGAACUCAUAUGGUUCAAGAGUGGUAUUUCUAGAAGAGCAUUCUUUCAGAAGCUUGGAACCAGAUAUUGGCCUGUGGCAGCCAUCAACUGGACUUUGAACUUAGCCAAGAUGCAAAAUGUAUCACCAUGCAUUUGCAAAUGCCAUUUUUGUGACUCUUGAAGGAGAAUCUUCUCUUUUCCAAACCGGGGGAACCCCCAAACUCUUCUAACUUGACUCUGAUCCCCAAGGCAUUGCAGUGAAGGAGGCAGGGAAACGUUAGCAUCAUCACUGUUCUUGAGGCACAACAAGGCUCCAUUGUCCAUUUCCCAUUCAGUGGCUGCAUCCAAAAUGGCAACCUACUCCCUAUUUUGUGCACUACCUUUGACCAAGACCCAUAGGACUCUGGUCAAACAGUGCACUUAUCACGUUUCAGGAGAAGACCCAGAUGCAGACAGUGUCGAAGUAACAAAAGUUUAUUACAAAAACAGGGGGCAGGCAGAGGUCAGGUCAAGGGCAGGCAGAGGUCAGUAAUACAGAUCAAAGUCCAAAAGGUACAUAACGGCAGGCAGAGGUCAAUACCGGGAAAACUAUAAAACAGGAACUUGAGAAAGACAGGAGCAAGGGGAAAACCGCUGGUAGGCUUGACGAAACAAAACAAACUGGCAACAGACAAACAGAGAACACAGGUAUAAAUACACUGGGGAUAAUGGGGAAGAUGGGCGACACCUGGAGGGGGGUGGAGACAAUCACAAAGACAGGUGAAACAGAUCAGGGUGUGACAGCACUUUUGGGAUUAGGGUGACAUUUGGGACUCAUCCUGAGUAAUUCAUUCAUUCAUGGGUCUCUUUGGGAGCAAUGCUGGUCAACUUCUACUGUAGUAAGUGUCUUAAGACUAUGAAUUAUAUUAACGAUAAUAUCCUCUCCCACUCCCAGAGGUUUUAAUACAAAUAUUUAAUCACAAUCCACAAUUCCGAAGUCAGAGAGCAUAUGAGGCACUUCAGCAUUUGAGUUACCUUUACCCAAUUCUAUUUUCAGUCAUGCCAUUUCAAUUCACAUAACUUAUUGUUCUGCUGGUAUUUAUCCUGGUAAUAACAUAUCCUUUGAGUAAUACUUCACUCCACUCUUCAUAUCUCUCAAGGGUGAAAAUACUACAGAGGUUCCCUUCCCUCUGGGACUGACCUCUAUCCAUUUUACCUUCAUGUUUAAAGUAGGGACCAUUUGGAAACAUGGGAUCCCAUGCAGUGUAGUGAGGCUGUAUGAACAUUUUACUAGCUUUAAAAUCCUUGCUUCAUCGGUCCUUGUUCUCUCAAUUCCUUGCCUCCUUCUCAAAGCUCAUUGGAGGAGGAGGUCUAAAGGAAGGACCCUUGGAUGCUCUCCACCAAUGAGCUUUGAGAGGGAGGUGAGACAAUUAGGGCACAAGGACAGAUGAAGCAAGGAUUUGACAGCUAGUAAUUUUUUCAAAUACAGCCAGGCUCUGGUAAUAUGAUGAACUUUGACCCCUGAGAUGAGCCAUUAGUGGAGGAGAGACACCCAGGCUUUCAAUGACUGACCCUGAACUGACCCCUGGGACAGUAACACUGAUAGAUUAGACUGCUGAAACACGGUCACUGCCAGAUAAUGAAUACAGAUCACUUUAGGUUGAAAAACUAUGACAAUGUCAAUGUUUCUUCAAGACACAUUACUGUAAUUUGUCUCCCCUCCUUUCAGUAUGGGGUGGAAUCUGUCACGUUUACACUGACUUUAUUGUAGCACUGAUUUGAUCCUGAUUUAGCCACAGUAUUAUUGAGAUUGUAGUCAAUAACUUUUCUAUCAAGAUUUUGUAGUGAUAACUUUAUUACUUGGAUUUCCUCGUAGGAAAUAUUAAGCUUAGGACACAAUGAAAACAAUUAUAAAACAGCAGAUUACCGAACAUUUGCUGAGUGUAUACAUUUUACUAGGUGUAUAGUAACCUCCACUUGCUGUGCUAUGCUCAGAGUUGAAUGCUGUGUGCAUUCAGACACAGACACAUGUUCUGCCCUAAUGAGUCCACUACUUCCUUGACUACACAUAAUCCCCUUGAGUGACAGUAGUAUUUUUCUUCACUUACAGUGUUAUCUCGGCAUCUCAACAGGGCCUCUUAGCAUGGUCUAAUAAUAUGCCUCAGUGGCUUUGGGAGAAAAUACUUAAAUCAACUCGAUAAAAUUUUAAACAUCUCUCCCUACUGUAUUAGUGCUUCAUGACUCGACUGUUUGAAGUUCUAAAAAUAUGAUAUUUUAUAAUCGCAGUGUACUUUUUGCAAUGUCAGCGUUUGUGUGAUCGCUCCAAAGAACAAAGGAAUGUGGUGUUGUAGUAGACCCUAUCACAUGUAUAAGUCCCUGCCUUCCUAUAGGUUUAGGCUAUGUAUUAAUCCCCUACUUCCCUGUAGAUACAGUAGUCUUUAUCAUACAUAUGUUUUUCAUCAGUGUAUGUGUGUAUGUAAUUGAUUUCCUGAUAUUGAUUUGGGGAAAUGAUUGAUGUGGUUAAAAAGCAAGGCAUUUCACAGUGCCCUUGUACUGUAUGUCAGUGCUGUAUGCACUUACAUGGCCAGCCAGUAUCAGUCAGCCCUCUGCUGGGGGGAGAAUACACUCACAGAAUAUGCUUUAUGUGGGAACUUCUGCAUGACAAAUACACACAGCACACAUGGCAGUGGCAGAACACACCACAGUACAUACCACAGUACACACCACAGUACACUCAGCGGAAUAAUGAACCUCAGCCAAGCUGUCUAAAGAGGAUUUCUCCCACUCUAUGUAAAUAAUGUUGGUUUUCACAUAUUCAAACUAAUCUAUAUGUGUGGUUGAGUUGAGUAGACGUGUCCAUGUUUAUACUGCUGAGUAGUUAGCAGGGUUAGGCCUAUAAGUAAACAGAUAUAAAUUUGUCACGAACCUGAAAGUAUAUUAGGGAAGUGAAACUACAGAUGUAGAAUCUUAAUUUGUUGCAGGAAAUGCAAACUUGUAGUAUAUUCGAGGUUUAAAAAGGCUUCUAACGAUUGAAAUUUCCACUUUAAAAUGUCAGACUUGAUUUGCCCUUACUAAAAAUGUUUUAACCCCUACAAAAAAUGUCCAUUAAUUAUUUCACAUUUCAUGUUGCUGCAGGAUAUUUUCCUGCUGUAGCAAACUGGCUCAAAUUAAGAUUCUACAUCUGUAGGUACGUUUCUAUGGUGAAUAGCUGUGGUGAUAAUAAUUCCAGGGGAAAUUCAUUAUUGUGAAUUAAAACAGUGCUAGUUCCAUUUUGUGUGGGAUAAACGCCUGUGGUUGGUGUGGUGUUCAAUGCCAGCUUAAUCAUGAAUAAGGUGUGAAAUAAAUAAACAUCCAUUUGUCAAACUGACAGGAAAUAUAACUCUGUUCUCAAGUCAGUGGAAAUAUUGUUGAAAAUGAGGGUGGGAAAAAGUCAACAGCAGAGUAGAGAGGGAGGCAUGUCUUUACAAGAACUCUACAACUAUAAGAAGAGUCCCUUGACUUAGGUUCUCUCAUUCUAAUGGAAUGUUCUUACUCUGAUGACCAGGUAGCUUAGUGGUUAAGAGCGUUGUGCCAGUAACCGAAAUGUCGCUAGUUCUAAUCCCUAAACCGACUAGGUGAAAAAUCUGUCAAUGUGCCCUUGAGCAAGGCACUUAACCCUAAUUGCUCCUGUAAGUCGCUCUGGAUAAGAGCGUCUGCUAAAUGACUAAAUAAAAAAUAAAUAAAAUGACUGAGUGAGACUAUGUACUGUAUGUAGCCUAUUCAACAGAAUAAGUCAACAGAGGAGAGAUGCUUCAGAUUGGGUAGUUUAAUUCUCAGGAACAAGUGCAAUAGAAAGACCAAAGCCCUAUAAAUAUAGGAUUAGGAUUUCAUAAAGAAAAUGAUUGAGAAACACUCAUAGAGGACAUUGAAUUCCCUUUUUUCACAUACUAAAGUGUGGAGAUGCUUAAUUCAAGGAACUUUUCUGGUAGGCAUAACUGCAGAGAAGGACCGAAGCCUUCUUAAGAAAAUAUAAAAAAAUAUUUUAAAAACACUAUUGAGAAACACUUCAGUUCCCUUUUUUUCAUGCAGAAAACUUGUUGGCAGAGCUCCAGUGUCUGUUCUGUGACAGAGAGAAACUAAGAUGACACACACAUGUCACAAACCCCACCCAUCUCCACCCCACACCUCUGUUCUACAGUAGGGCAGCCACUUCUCCAAAACCCUCAGCUCCAGAGGAACUCAUUUCACUGUCAAGCUCUCUCUUUAACAAGUAAAAUGUUAUGGACUAUAUUUUUACUGCUCAAUGGUCUGCUCGCUCUUGUCAUUCUUUACUCUUCCCGCUCGAGGUAAAUAUUGUUCAUAUUUCUGGUCAAUUUGGAUUGUAAAACAAGACAUUGUAAAUCAAUGACGUCAGUGUUGUUUGCUAUAAUUUACUUUCUCUCUCUGAUAUUGAACAUUGUUGUGAAAAGAUUAACCAAUGUCUCACAUAUUGCUUACUUCAUCAUUUACAAAGAAAUUGACUUUCUACACAGAAGCCAAUUCAUGAAAAAAAUGUCAGGGUCAAAAAUGUCUUACUGAACAUACAACAUUGCUGAACAUACAGGAUAGACCAUUAACCUGUAUUAUUCAAUUAUUAAUAUAACCUUUAUUUAGCCCAUUCAACCCAUUCAAACCCAGACCAUUUCUUAUAUUGUACACAUUGAUUAUGCACUAUUUCCUAUUUCCACAGUGUAUUACUAGCCUACUGUAUGUCUGUAUAUAUCAGCUCACAUAUUUGACUGCUUUAGGGCAUGUCCCUAUGCCAACUGUAGCGCUACAACCAGUUGGUUUAGUGUGGGAGAUGAAGUGAAUUAACUCCUUCUAUUGAACAGUGUUAGUCUUGGUUGACAACUGUCUGUCUGUCUGUCUGUCUGUCUGUUACUACCAGACAGAAAAAUGAACCACCAUUAGACAAAGGCUUCAUUCCUUGGCUGGGUCAUGCCCUGGAGUUUGGAAAAGAUGCUGCAAAGUUCCUAACACGGAUGAAACAAAAACAUGGUGACAUUUUUACGGUAGGAGUUCUCUAUGCGUUUUUGUGUACAGGUACAUAUGUAGGAUCUUAAUUUGAGCCAGUUUGCUACAGCAGAAAAAUAAUCCUGCAGCAACAGGAAAUGUAAAUUAUUAUGUGGAUUAUAAUAUAUGGACAUUUUUGUAGGGGUUGAUAGAUUUUUCCUAAGGGAAAAUGAAUUCCAAAAUGUCAAAGUGGAAAUUACAAACAUCAGAAGCCUUUUUAAACCUCAAAUACACUACAAGUUAAACAUUUUCUGCAUUGCAAGAAAGUUAGCCUGCAACAGGGUGAUCAAAUUAAGAUCUGUACGUGAGUACCUCUUCUUUAUAGAGUAGUGCUAUGUGCAUCUCCUAUUCACUAUUAAUGUUGCUUUGUCAAACAACUCUACUGUAAUGUGUAAUGUGUCUACGACAGACGUGCACAGACAUGGCCAUGGCUUUAACGUUUAAAAUAAUAUAUCCCAGGUACGUGUUUGUGGUCAUUACAUCACUGUACUGCUGGAUCCUAACUCCUAUGACGCGGUCCUCUAUGACACGGUCUCUCUGGACUUCAGUCGCUACGCCCAGGUCCUGAUGCAAAGGAUCUUCAGCCUGAGAAUACCCAAUCACAACCCAGACACAGAGAGGGCCUGGAUGGAACAGUAGGUGUUGUAGACCUGUAUGACCUCACACCUGACCUCACACCCAUCCAAAUACACCCAUCCACACCUGUCCACACACACACAGUUCCCUGUCAAGGACCAUACCGUUUCUUUCUAUUCUGUUCUAUUAUAUGGUAUUGUAAUGAGAUUUUUUCCCCCACCAGAAUAGGUAGAAUUGGUACAUGCAAAUUAAUUUAAUUUCCUCUGAGUUAACAUGCUGUAGCAAAAAUUCGACCUCUCCAUAAAAUCCCUGUCCAGGCACUUCCAGGGCCCCAGUCUGGCCAGAUUAAGCAGCACCAUGCACCUCCACCUCCAGACAUUGCUACGGGAUGAGGAGAGGAGCUGUAGCCCAGCAGAGUGGAGACAGGAUGGCCUCUUCAGCCUCUGUUACAGCCUGCUCUUCAGGUAAGUUCUGUCUGUGCUGGCCAGCUACUGUACAUGUGUUAACAGUCAUCCUGCUCUUCAGGUAACAGCAGACAUUUCUCAGGGUCACUGGCCCGGGGAUUAAUUUAGGGUCAAAUUACAGUAUCAUACUUGGAGCAAAUUGCAUAACUCUUACACAGGAGUGAAGACCUACUCUUACUCAAGAGUUAAUACUUAUUUCUGUCCUUAUAGGGCUGGGUAUCUCACACUGUUUGGUACAGAGAAAAGCAACAACGUCACUGAACUCGAUAUUGUCUACAAAGAGUUCCGCAAGUUUGAUGGUCUUCUCACAAAAUUGGCACGUUCAACCCUCAAGCAAGGUACAUAUAUACAGAGUUUCAUCUAAUGCACGUAGUCAUACAUCACUUGUAUGAAUACACAAUUGAUCUAUUCAUAAAAUACGGUUCUGUCUCUCUGUACCUGUUUCUCUGUGUUCAUGUGUGUGUCUCUCUCUGAGUGUAACUGUGUCUCAGUGUACCUGUCACUCUUGGUGCUUUCUAGAAACUACAAUGGUUCUUCGGCUGUCCCCAUAGGAUAACCCUUUGAAGAACCCUUUUUGGUUCGAGAUAGAACCCAUUUAGUUCUAGGUAGAACCCUUUUGGGUUCCAUGUAAAACCCUUUCCACAGAGGGUUGUACAUGGAACCCAAAAUAGUUAUACCUGGAACCAAAAAGGGUUAUCCUAUGGGGACAGCUGAAGAACCCUUUUUGAACCCUUUUUUCUAAGGGUGUACCUGUCUCUCUCUGGGUGAUCUUGCCUCUCUAACCUGUCUCUCUCUCUAUGUUGAUAGAGGAGAAGAGGUCAGCAAGCCUGUCCCAGGAGCGACUGUGGGAGCUGCUGUCCCCAGCAUGGCUGAGCAGAGGAAAGGGGUCAGAGAGCAGUUCCUGGCAGCAGAGUUACCUCAGCCAUCUACAGAGGGAAGGAGUGGACACGGAGAUGCAGAGACGAGCCAUGCUGCUUCAGCUCUGGACCACCCAGGUGAGUGGGAAGACAAGAAUACACACUAACACGCACAGAUGCAAGAGCAUGUAAGAGCAUGCAAGAGCACGCACACAUGCACACAUACACACACAGAAACUUACACAUUCACACACAAAAUACACAUGCAAGCACAGGCGUACAAGCACGCACACACAUGCACACAUGCACACGCACACACACACACACACACACACACACAAAAUUCAGGGGAACAAAGACCAAUGCUUUCACAGUGUUCUGCCACACCUGGAUGUCACUCUUACACUAAGUUCACAGGAUUCUUCUCUCCCAAUGACUUGUGACUUCCUUGUUGGCACAGUUGAUUCAUUAUGUCAUUAUGUGAGAAUGUGACAAGAGUUUCCAUUCAUGUGUUUUCAUGGCACCUGGGCUUGUUUGGAAUUCUGUGUAAACUAAUCCGGGACAAUGGGUCCACACAUUCCAGAACAUUAUGGAAAAAAGAAGAGUUGGUGGGUCGCCCAAACCAACCUGUCUAAUUUCAGAGUUAGACCAAACGUUAGGCCUUCAGUACACAAAUUGUAGGACGAUUUGGAAGGAAGUUGGAAGCACCUUAAUUGGGGAGGACGGGCUCUUGGUAAUGGCUGGAGCGGAAUAAGUGGAAUGUUAUCAAAUACAUCAAACACAUGGUUUCCAGGUGUUUGAAGCCAUUCCAUUUUCUCCGGUCCGGCCAUUAUUAUGAGCCGUCCUCCCCUCAGCAGCCUCCACUGAUUUAGAUGUAUCAUCUGUAAUAGACAUCAAUAAAUAUUGAUGUCAAAAUCCAAUAUAGAUCACAGCAAUGAAGUUAUCUCUCUAUAUAUUUAUGAGCUCCAGAGGCGGUUUAAUAACAGGCUCCUUGUGGCUUCCUACCUCAAACCAGUCUCAACAAAUUGUGAUGAAUGAGCUGCUGUUGCACUGUGUGGCCAGAUGGGAGAGCUAGUGUGCUGUCUGUCUGUCCUGGAACCUGCCUUCACCAUCAGCCUCAGAGCAGCAUGGAGCCACAGGUGUCAUCUGUACCAGGCCCUCUCUGCUCUCUUUGGCACUUUGGCUGCUCCUUUCAGCCUGGAGCACUGGAGGCCUAGUCGGCCCACUCAGACCAGGGAAGCGGGUAGAGAGUCCUUGGCCAAGAUGGAGCCUCUCCCUCUGGGGACCUUGGCUCACCUGCCAGGCUGGGAUAGGAGAGGACAGCUAGUCCUUUAGCAUCACUGUUCCCUGCUUAUUCAUGUCUUUUCUGGAACAGAGACUCACUGUUCCAGUCACAGACAGUCAGACAGAGCCAGGAAGACAAGCACCACUGAAACAUAUUAGAGCUGAGUAGAAGGAAGUGCCACAGGGAAUAUCUUCUGGUUGUUUUCUCUGUCACCACCAGUCACACAGAGGUAGGCUUCCUCAGUAAGAAUACAAUACUGAGUGAAUCAGAGAUUUCAGUAAAGUCACACAUGCCAAAUGCAAUUUUUCCAUUGCAGAUGUUAAGUUCCAUGCUGUCUACAUACAACAUAAUCUCAUACAACAGAUACAAUCACUAGAUAUUGCAAGAAAGUUAUGAGAGCUUUAUGUUUCUGGCUCUGUGUGUGUUGUUGGGGAUUGGGGUGGAGGCAGUUCCACAGUUCCACAGUCCCACAAUCUCUCAACCAGCCUGUCAGUGAGGCUCCAGUCCAAUGUCUAUAUCCCUAUGAUGGACCCCAGGGGACCUCAGUGAGCCUGUGUCACAUUCAAUCCAUCACACACCUGACUGCGGCUCUGCUUUCAACACAACUACACCAGUACACAGUAUACGAAUACACACUCAGAGGAGUGGAGGAAGAGCUAAAGUUCCUUACUGUGUACACGUCUACUAGUGAAUUCAAUGGCAAUUCAAAGUGUCUCAUUUUGCUGAAAAACCCUAUACAGUGUUUGUAAGAACGUGCAGUAUUUGAAAUGACUAUUUCUACUGUAACACUUCUAUUGUAACCCCUACAGUAAACUGGCACAACAUCACACAGUUUGUGUAGCCUAGUGUUUGUCGUAACGGAUCUUCAACCAGAGAACCAUUGGACCUGGUCUUCACCUUGCAUUAGCCCUGGUUUUCAGUGGAUCAGUGAAGACCUGGCCUGUGAAAGGGUGAUGAGAGAAGCUCCCUGAACCCACUGCAAUUACUGGCUGACAGGUUCAGACAGACGUAUCAGCCCUCUGUAGACUCUGAUAGCCCUGUCUACAUAGCCCUGUCUACAUAGCCCUGUCUACAUAGCCCUGUCUACAUAGCCCUGUCUACAUAGCCCUGUCUACAUAGCCCUGUCUACAUAGCCCUGUCUACAUAUCCCUGUCUACAUAGCCCUGACAGCACUAAUGGCUCCUCGCUGCUCCUCAGAUCACUACAGUACAGUACAGCAGUAUCAUGAUGCAGGGCGGGGCUAAAAAAUAUAGAAAAUAAAAGUCAAGUGAGACUGAAAGAAAGAGAAAAAAAGAGAGAUUUAGAUUUAUCUAAACACGCUUCCAUUUUCCCCUGGGGGCUUCUUGCAGUGUGUUCACACCGUACAGUACCUGUUGUGGAUUUGUCUAUAACUGCAGGGUAUCUACCUCAUCAAGCUCGGUAAUGGGUUCACUGUCUUUGAUGGGCUGAGAGUGAGCAUUGUGUUGGAUUUGUCUAACCAUAGAGUGAUAACCUAUACUACAUAUUCAGUAACUGCAGAGCAACUGCAUCAUGCUCUGUAACGCAGUCACUGUUUCUGAACUGACUGUGAGUCUAUGUUGUGUUCUUUCAUUCCAGGGUAACGCUGGGCCUGCUGCCUUCUGGCUUCUGAGUUUCCUGCUUACGCACCCCGAGGCCAUGAGAGCAGUGAAGAAGGAGAUCAGAGGCCUGCGUCUACAGGAGGACAGCUCUCUACAGCGACACCCUCUGGAUACGCUGGAGCACCACAGCACACCUGUGUUUGGUAAGAGCCCCAAGAAACCUCCUCUAUUAUUCACUCACGCUCUCUUCCACCUCAGGGCUCUGCCUGUCCAGCCAAAGACAUGCAGUGAAAUGUUGAACUGAAGCUCAUCUGAACUGUGUGGAAUAACUAGUGAAAAAAGGAAAGAUUCAGAGAGCUGAAUGAGUAAAGAUGGAUAAAUAUAACUUUUUUAGCUGUGGUUGAAUAAGGUUAAAGUUUGCUUGCCACAGGAUGAUAUUAUAACCUCUUCUUGUGUAUCCACAGCUUUCCAGAAGGGCAUACCUCUAGUUUUAUGAUUGUGUAGUCUGGUGGCAGAUCUGUUUGUGCUAUAGCUAACUCCUAUGGUUGUUGUCAACCAUUGGAGUUGGCUUUACAGCACAACAGAUCUGGGACAAGGGUAAUGAUUAUGAUUAUUGCAUGUGAAUGAUUAUUCACAUGAUUAUUCACAUGCACCCGGCAGCCACCCCUCUGACAUCAUAUGUAUUGUCCCUCCCUCCAAUCACAGACAGUGUUCUGAGUGAGACCCUGCGUCUGACCGCUGCUGCCCUCAUCACCAGAGAGGUGGUCGAGGACAAGACCAUUCGUCUGGCCAGUGGACAGGCAUACCACCUCAGACAGGGGGACAGGGUGUGUAUGUUCCCCUUCCUCAGCCCUCAGAUGGACCCCCAGAUACACCAUGAUCCACAGGUAAUACAACACAAUACUGUUACCUGACAAAGACCCAGUUGGUGUUUAAAUAUUGUCUGAAUAAACUAAGCACCUGGGAGCAUACCAGUGUACAGAUUUGUUUUGGUUUUAGAUUAUUGUUCAGUCUAGUCAGCACCUGGGACAAAGGCUUUUACGAAUGUGUGCAUACAAACCAUAGACUGUUCUCUCUGCUUCCGCACAGGAAGUCUGACAACAACAGGCUCCUGAACAGCUUCUAUCCCAAGCCAUAAGACUACUAAUUAGCUAACAAAAUGGCUACACAGACUAUCUGAGUUGACCCUUGUAUUUUAUUUUUAUUUUUGCACUGUCUCUAUGCACACUCACAAGACUAUGCACACUCAGGCACACUGACACUCCAACACACACAUAACAUGCACACACAUUUAUACUGACUCUACACACACACACACUCACAUACAAUCAUAAUUUAGGAUGCUGCUGCUCUGUUUAUUAUACAUCAUGAUGCCUAGUCACCUUACCCCUAUACAUAUCUACCUCUAUCACUCCAGUAUCUCCGCACAUUGUAAAUAUGGUAUUGGAACUGACCUGGAAACAGGAAGUAUCGGUACAAUUUUAUAAAUGCCAACAGAUCAUUUGUUAAUUCAACAUGGUGGGAUCUUUAUGUGUCGGUAAAAUGUAUUAUUCGAGAAAUACUUAUAUACUGAUAUAAUAACCAUCAUAUCGAAGCAAAUUUGGCAUCACGCGUUUAUAUGCUGUGUGGUUCUCCCACUACGACUCGGGGAAACCAUGCAGUUUAUGAGGAUACAGAUGAAGCAAGUCAUAAUGAACUUCACAGAGUGUUGAAAGCGCAUGCUAUGCUCCUUUCCAAUAAAUAUCGAGGGUCUUAUUCUGGUGACAUGAUGAUCGAUACUGUCACGUUGCUGUGUAUAGGUGUGGUGUAGAAUCAGGCGCAGGCAGCAGAGGAUAAGUCCAACAAGACUUUACUUAAGCACAAAAAUAUAUCCAAAACAGCCCGGAGGCAAAAGGACGCACACAGGCGUAAAUGCGAGCGCACACACAGGUGCGUAAACUCUCCUAACACACAAGGAGGAAACUAAGGAAAAUAGCGUACCGACACGGGUAGCGCAACCACGACACGAACAAUUACACACAACACUAACCUAACAACAAGGAAACUAAAUAGGGUGCCAAAUGAGACCUAACACAAAACAGGUGUGACUAACAGACAAAACCAAACAAACAAGAAACAUAGAGCGGUGGCAGCUAGAACUCCGGAGACGACGACCGGCGAAACCUGCCCGAACAAGGAGGAGGAGCCGCCUCGGCCGAAACCGUGACAGUACCCCCCCCUUGACGCGCGGCUCCAGCCGCGCGCCGCCUCCGGCCUCGGGGACGACCAGGGGGACGCGGAGCAGGGCGCGCAGGAUGACCACGAUGGAAUUCGGUCAUCAGGGACGGAUCCAGAAUGUCCCUCCUUGGCACCCAGCACCGCUCCUCCGGACCGUACCCCUCCCACUCCACGAGAUAUUGGAGACCCCCCAUCCGGCGUCUCGAAUCCAGGAUGGUCCGAACCGUGUACGCCGGAGCCCCCUCGAUGUCCAACGGGGGCGGAGGAGUCUCCUCAAUCUCAAAGUCCUGGAGUGGACCAGCUACCACCGGCCUGAGGAGAGACACAUGGAACGAGGGGUUAAUAUUCUUGUAAUCAAUAGGUAGUUCUAACCUGUAACUCACCUCGUUCAAUCUCCUCAGGACUUUAAAAGGCCCCACAAACCGCCGACCCAGCUUCCGGCAGGGCAGGCGGAGGGGCAGGUUUCUGGUUGAGAGCCAGACUCGAUCUCCAGGUGCGUACACUGGCCCCUCACUGCGGUGUAGGUCGGCGCUCGUCUUCUGUCGACGUAUGGCACGCUGCAGAUGGACGUGUGCAGCGUCCCACGUCUCCUCCGAGCGCCGCACCCACUCAUCCACAGCGGGGGCCUCGAUCUGGCUCUCAUGCCACGGUGCCAGAACCGGCUGGUACCCUAAUACACACUGGAAAGGGGUUAGUUGGGUGGAGGAGUGGCGGAGAGAGUUCUGUGCCAUCUCGGCCCAGGGCACAUAUCUCGCCCACUCCUCCGGCCGGCCCUGACAAUAUGACCUCAGAAACCUACCCACAUCCUGGUUGACUCGUUCAACCUGCCCAUUACUCUCCGGGUGGUAACCCGAGGUAAGGCUCACCGAGACCCCCAAACGUUCCAUAAAUGCUCUCCAGACUCUGGAGGUAAACUGGGGGCCUCGAUCGGACACUAUAUCCUCGGGCACCCCGUAAUGCCGGAAGACGUGAGUAAAUAGCGCCUCAGCGGUCUGUAGGGCCGUAGGAAGACCCGGCAUGGGAAGGAGACGACAGGCCUUCGAGAACCGAUCCACAACGACCAGGAUGGUGGUAUUCCCCUGUGAGGAGGGAAGAUCGGUAACAAAAUCCACCGAGAGGUGAGACCAGGGUCGUUGUGGAACGGGCAGGGGCUGUAAUUUACCCCUGGGCAAGUGUCUGGGCGCCUUACACUGGGCACACACUGAGCAGGAGGAGACAUAAACCCUCACAUCCCUGGCUAACGUUGGCCACCAGUACUUCGUACUAAGGCAGUGCACUGUCCGGCCAAUACCCGGAUGUCCAGAGGAGGGGGACGUGUGAGCCCAAUAAAUCAGCCGAUCCCGGACCUCGAGCGGGACGUACACCCGACCCACCGGACACUGUGGAGGACUAGGCUCGGUGCGAAACGCCCGCUCGAUCUCCGCAUCGACCUCCCACACCACCGGUGCCACCAGACAAGACUCCGGUAGUAUGGGAAUGGACUCCACGCACCUCUCCUCCGUGUCAUACCGACGGGACAGAGCAUCUGCCUUCCCGUUCUGGGACCCAGGGAUGUAAGUGAUCUUGAACACAAACCGGGCGAGAAACCUAGUCCAUCGAGCCUGGCGAGGAUUCAGUCUCCUAGCUGCCCGAAUGUAUUCCAGGUUACGAUGGUCGGUCAGAAUGAGGAAAGGGUGCUGAGCCCCCUCAAGCCAAUGCCUCCACACCUUUAGGGCCUGUACUACGGCUAGCAGCUCCCUGUCCCCUACGUCAUAAUUCCGCUCCGCCGGACUGAGCUUCUUAGAAUAAAAAGCACAGGGGCGGAGCUUAGGUGGUGUACCGGAUCGUUGAGAAAGAACUGCCCCGAUACCGGCCUCAGACGCGUCCACCUCAACUUGGAAGGGUAAAGUGGGAUCCGGGUGCGCCAACACCGGCGCCGAGGUAAACAGGUCCUUCAGUCUCCCAAAGGCCCUGUCCGCCUCAGCUGACCACUGCAAGCGCACCGGACCCCCCUUCAGAAGAGAUGUUAUGGGAGCUGCCACCUGUCCAAAACCCCGGAUAAACCUCCGGUAGUAAUUCGCAAAACCCAAGAACCGCUGCACCUCUUUAACCGUAGUUGGGGUUUGCCAAUUACGCACGGCGGACACUCGGUCCACCUCCAUUCUCACCCCUGACGCAGACAACUGGUAACCCAAAAAGGAAACUGACUCCUGGAAGAACAGACAUUUCUCAGCUUUGACAUACAGGUCAUGCUCCAACAGUCUCCUCAAUACCCUGCGCACCAGGGCUACAUGCUCGGCCCGAGUAGCACUGUACACAAGAAUAUCAUCUAUGUACACCACUACUCCCUGCGCCUGCAUGUCCCGGAAAAGUUCGUCUACAAACGAUUGGAAGACUGAUGGAGCAUUCAUUAACCCAUAUGGCAUGACGAGAUACUCGUAAUGGCCGGAGGUAGUACUAAAUGCUGCCCUCCCUAAUGCGCACCAAGUUAUAUGCGCUCCUGAGAUCCAAUUUUGUGAAGAACCUUGCCCCGUGUAAGGACUCCGUCAUGGUCCCAAUCAGAGGAAGUGGAUAGCUGUACUUCACCGUCACCUGAUUGAGACCGCGGUAAUCAAUACACGGACGCAAACCUCCAUCCUUUUUCUUCACAAAAAAGAAGCUCGAGGACGCGGGAGAAGUGGAGGACCGUAUGUAUCCCUGUCUCAGAGACUCGGCAAUGUAAGUCUCCAUUGCCCUUUUCUCCUCCUGUGACAAAGGAUACACAUGGCUCCGCGGAAGCGCUGCUCCUGUCUGGAGGUCUAUCGCACAAUCCCCUUGUCUAUGAGGUGGCAACUGUGCCGCUCUGGUCUUACUGAACACGAGCGCCAAAUCCUCAUACUCAGGAGGAAUGUGCAGUGCUGGCAUCUGGUUCGGACUCUCCACCGAGGUCGCCCCUACGGAAACACCCAGACAUAACCCCUCACACUGAGCAGACCACCCUUUAAGAGCCUUCUCUCGCCACGAAAUAGUAGGAUCAUGGGUCAUCAACCAGGGAAGCCCCAGUACCACCGGAUACGCAGGAGAGUCGAUCAGAUAGAGUUGAAUCGUCUCCUCAUGACCCCCCUGCGUCAUCAUCCUAAGUGGCGCUGUGACCUCCCCAAUCAACCCAGAUCCUAACGGACGACUAUCUAGGGCAUGUACAGGAAAGGGUUUUUCGACUGGAAGGAGGGGAAUCCCUAACUUAACACAGAAUCUCCGAUCUACAAAAUUCCCAGCUGCGCCUGAAUCGACUAGCGCCUUAUGCUGGGACCGAGGUGCAACCUGUGGGAAACAAACAGGUAAGGUAAUGUGUACGACAGAAAGCUCUGGGUAAGUAGGGCGCCUACUCACCUGGGUGGACUCCCCACUGUAUGACCUGCUCUCUCCCUCACCAGGGGACCCUCCCCAGCACCUAGCCGCGGUGUGCCCUCCGCGCCCACACUUAGUGCAGGAGACUUCCCCCCUCGGGCUCCUACCUCUUCUCCCUCUAGCGCCAGCACCUCCAAGCUCCAUCGGACACUGCUCGGAGGCGCUGGAGGGUGGAAUGGGAGGCCCCCACCUGGGACGUCCGCGGGUCGCCAGCAGGUUGUCCAGUCGAAUGGCCAUGUCCACCAGCUGGUCAAAUGUUAGUGUAGUGUCCCUGCAGGCUAACUCCCUGCGGACGUCCUCCCGAAGGCUACAUCUGAAGUGGUCUAUGAGGGCCCUCUCAUUCCACCCCGCAUCAGCCGCUAGAGUCCGGAACUCCAGCGCAAACGCCUGAGCGCUCCUCAUCCCCUGUCGGAGGUGGAAUAGACGUUCCCCCGCCGCUCUCCCCUCUGGUGGAUGGUCGAAGACCGCACGGAAGCGACGGGAGAACUCCGCAUAGGUGACUGUGGCGGCGUCUAUUCCCCUCCAUUCGGCGUUGGCCCACUCCAACGCCUUGCCGGUGAGACAGGAGAUGAGGGCGGAAACGCUCUCGUAUCCCGAGGGCGCCGGGUGUAUGGUGGCAAUGUAGAGCUCCACUUGUAAGAGGAACCCCUGACACCCGGCAGCGGUGCCGUCGUACGCCCUCGGGAGCGAGAGCCGAAUCCCACUGGGUUCCGGUCGAUGGACGGGCUGGCUGUCCGGUGGUGAUGGUGCGAUAGGUGGGGCUGUGGGAACCCCGCUGGUCUCCCAUCGACGAAGGGUGUCCAUGACGCCCUCCAAGGCGUGCCCGAUUCGGUUGAUCCGGUGCUCUUGACCAAGGAGACGCUCCUCCAUGGGGUCGACGGGUGCUCCUGCUGAUUCCAUGUCAAGGUGUGUAAUUCUGUCACGUUGCUGUGUAUAGGUGUGGUGUAGAAUCAGGCGCAGGCAGCAGAGGAUAAGUCCAACAAGACUUUACUUAAGCACAAAAAUAUAUCCAAAACAGCCCGGAGGCAAAAGGACGCACACAGGCGUAAAUGCGAGCGCACACACAGGUGCGUAAACUCUCCUAACACACAAGGAGGAAACUAAGGAAAAUAGCGUACCGACACGGGUAGCGCAACCACGACACGAACAAUUACACACAACACUAACCUAACAACAAGGAAACUAAAUAGGGUGCCAAAUGAGACCUAACACAAAACAGGUGUGACUAACAGACAAAACCAAACAAACAAGAAACAUAGAGCGGUGGCAGCUAGAACUCCGGAGACGACGACCGGCGAAACCUGCCCGAACAAGGAGGAGGAGCCGCCUCGGCCGAAACCGUGACAGAUACUUGACUGCCGUUUGACAAAUACAAAUAUUUUCCCUCUUAUCCAUAAUAAUCUCAUCAUGUAGACUAGCGUACCCGCACUGUAUGUGCGAGUUGUUAGCUAGAGGGCAUGUGCCAAGACCAGAGUAGGCACAUUUGCUAUUUAAAACCCCCUAAGGUUGAUGUCCUCACCCCGCGGAAAAAUCAAUUAGCAUAAUAAAAAAAUCCCCAUAAAAAUCUGUCAGUUUAAGGUAGAGAUAUCUGUUUUUUUUUGCAUUGGAUGCGUCUCAAUCCACCGUAUCCGCCGAUGAAAGGUGACCGAGCUAGAGCGAUGUUUGUCAGACCAUGAGACAUCCCGAAAAUCAGUCUUCUCACAAAAUCGUCUGUAGCUUCAGAACGGUUUGGCUUACAAACUAUUAUGACCCCUCUAUGGAACCUAUUACAUAUUAUGACCCCUCUAUGGAAAGACAAACAUGAUGGUGUUCUCCGUUUUGCUCUACAACCCCCACAAGCAUCUUAGGACUCGUCUGAAGUCAGUACAACCGAUCUGCCAACUUCUGUUUAUGGCGUCCGAACAGUUUGAGCUACACACUAAUAUGACCCUUCUGUGCAAAGGUGAGACUCUCACGAACAUGUAUAUGUUGGUUGUUUUGCUCAUCUGAAGGUUCCCAGGUACCAGUUGAAAAAAUGAAUGUAAGUAUAUACAGAGACUGUUUAGUGACGAAAAUAAGGGGUUAAAUGUAAAAAAAGGAAUUUAAAUGUUUUUUCCCUCAUCUUUCUUAUAUAUCUAAGAUAAAGUGCAUUCCGAAAGUAUUCAGACCCCUUGACUUUUUCCACAUUUUGUUACGUUACAGCCUUAUUCUGAAAUGGAUUAAAUUGUUUUUUUUCCUUCAUCAAUCUACACACAAUACCCCAUAAUGACAAAGCAUAAACAGGUUUGUAGAAUUUUAUUUACAAAGAAAAAACUGAAAUAUUACAUUUACAUAAGUAUUCAGACCCUUUACUCAGUACUUUGUUGAAGCACGUUUGGCAGCGAUUAUAGCCUUGAGUCUUAUUGGGUAUGACGCUACAAGCUUGGCACACCUGUAUUUGGGGAGUUUCUCCCAUUCUUCUCUGCAGAUCCUCUCAAGCUCUGUCAGGUUGGAGGGGGAGCGUCGUUGCACAGCUUUUUUCAGAGAGAGAUGUUAGAUCGGGUUCAUUUCCAGGCUCUGGCUGAGCCAUUCAAGGACGUUCACAGACUUGUCCCGAAGCCACUCCUGUGUUGUCUUGGCUGUGUGCUUAGGGUCAUUGUCCUGUUGGAAGGUGAACCUUCGCCCCAGUCUGAGGUCCUGAGCACUCUGGAGCAGGUUUUCAUCAAAGAUCUCUCUGUACUUUGCUCCGUUCAUCUUUCCCUCGAUCCUGACUAGUCUCCCAGUCCCUGCCGCUGAAAAACAUCCCCACAGCAUGAUACUGCCACCACCAUGCUUCACCGUAGGAAUGGUGCCAGGUUUCCUCCAGACGUGGCACUUGGCAUUCAGGCCAAAGAGUUCAAUCUUGGUUUCAUCAGACAAGAGAAUCUUGUUUCUCAUGGACUGAGUCCCCUUUAGGUGCUUUUUGGCAAACUCCAAGGGGGUUGUCAUGUGCCUUUUACUAAGGAAUGGCUUCCGUCCGGCCACUCUACCGUAAAGGCCUGAUUGGUGGAGUGCUGCAGAGAUGGUUGUCCUUCUGGAAGGUUCUCCCAUCUCCACAGAGGAACUCUAGAGCUCUGUCAGAGUGACCAUCGGGUUCUUGGUCACCUCCCUGACCAAGGCCCUUCUCCCCCGAUUGCUCAGUUUGGCCGGGCGGCCAGCGCUAGGAAGAGUCUUGGUGGUUCGAAACUUCUUCCAUGUAAAAAUGAUGGAGGCCACUGUGUUCUUGGGGACCUUCAAUGCUGCAGACAUUUUUUGGUACCCUUGCCCUGAUCUGUGCCUCGACACAAUGCUUUCUUGGAGCUCUACGGACAAUUCAUUGACCUCAUGGCUUGGUUUUUGCUCUGACAUGCACUGUCAACUGUGGGACUGUAGACAGGUGUGUGCCUUUCCAAAUCAUGUCCAAUAAAUUGAAUUUACAACAGGUGGACUCCAAUCAAGUUGUAGAAACAUCUCAAGGAUGAUCAAUGGAAACAGGAUGCACCUGAGCUCAAUUUCGAGUCUCAUAGCAAAGGGUCUGAAUACAUAUGUAAAUAAGGUAUUUCUGUAUUAUUUUUUUCUCCAUAAAUGUGCAAACAUUUUUUUAAAACUGUUUUCGCUUUGUCGUUAUGGGGUAUUGUGUGUCGAUUGAUGACGACUUAAAAAAAAAAAAGUAAUCCAUUUUAGAAUAAGGCUGUAACGUAACAAAAUGUGGAAAAAGUCAAGGGGUCUGAAUACUUUCCGAAUGCACUGUAUAGGACAGAAACCUCAGAACAAACUUCCUUUAGAUCCUUUUUUUGGGACUAGCUGUUGUUCCAUGUAGUGAAUCUGUUAUUCAGUGCGUUUGUAUGGGCCAAAGGUUGUACUUUUUAUACUUCAAGGGGUCUUAAAAUUCCAAAUUAAAUAGCUAAAUGAUCCUUGGUAUGAUCUCUUUAAAACAAUUCCAUAUAGCUUAGUAGAACCCCCCCCCACAUCCCCCUUCCACGGCUUAGACAGGGCUUGGACUCUUAUGGGUUUUAAUGCAACAGUUUUUGUGACAAAACUAUCGGUAGAGUUGAAAAUGCGAUGGAAACUCAUUUCACUUUAGAGUUUUAUUCGGUAUAUGAAAACUUAAUCGAAAAAUUACAUUUUGGGUGCGCUAUGUCAUCACGCACUGAUUUAUCUCUGAAACAAGUCAGUUUGAUGGAAAUACACCACUGGAGGGAAAAUGUGCAUAUUUUCUUUACGCAGAUUUUAGAAUAUUUGCAUGAAAAUCUGUCGCCAAAUGGAUGGAAUCUAGCAAUUGAUGUUGAGUUUGGAGCUUGCAAGACAGGCAUUUCAUUGUACUUGUGCACGUGACAUUAAAACUUGUAACUUGAAACAACCUCUCAAAACAAUACAUUACACCAAUCUGUUGAACUACUAAAGUCAAUACACAAACAUGGUGAGGGUGAAAGUGUUUCUGAGUAUAGAACUAUGAGGGAAUGAAUCAGGCUUUGUCUGCUGAGCUAAUAGAAUGACUCUAAUAGAAUGACUCUAAUAGAAUGACUCUAAUAGAAUGACUCUAAUAGAAUGACGCUAUAGGAGUGCGGGCUCAUUGUAAUGGCUGGAAUGGAAUGGAUAGAACAGAGUCAAACGUGGUUUCCAUAUGUGUUUGAUACUGUUCCAUUUAUUCCAUUCCAGCCAUUACAAUGAGCCCGUCCUUCUAUAGCUCCUUCCAACAGCCUCAUCUGGUGUGUGUGUGUGUACGUAUGUGUCUCAUAUACAGUGUUGUACUACGCAGUGUUUAAAUGGCGCCAGGAUUACAUGGUGGAAAGGUUAAAGGGCUAAGAGAGGAGAUCCCAUGGGGAUUAGCUGGUUAAAGGCUGUAAUUGAAACAAACACACAAGGUGUGUGUGUGUGUGUGUGUGUGCGUUUGCGUGUGUGCGUGCAUACUUGUGGGGCGGGGAUUAUGCAGCAUCACUGGAGUGACUUACUGUGCUGUAGCAUCUAUGUGUCAUCAUCACAAUAACCUUGUUUUUUUCUACUCUGCUUUACAGACAUUUCAAUAUGACCGCUUCCUAAACGCAGACGGGACAGAGAAGAAGAAGUUCUAUAAGGGCGGGGAGAGACUGAAGUAUUACACCAUGCCAUGGGGUGCAGGCAACAACAUGUGUGUUGGGAGACACUUUGCAGUCAAUGGCAUCAAACAGUGAGUAUGAUAUGACAUUCUCCACCUGUUGUCCCUCACACAUAGUCCCACUUCUGUUUGUGUUGUCUUGCCAACUCCUGUUGUAAUUGUCACGUGACAGUGACCAUUGGAGUUGGCAAGACAGCACAAUUAGGCUUCCUCUCACCGAAGUAUAUCUAAACCACCCCACGUUGUUCAUACAUUGUUUCCCCAAUGAAUCAGUUCAUUAGCGAGGUAUUAAUGAUUCAUGAGGCAUUUACAAUCACAUCAAGAUCGCUGCCUUAGGCCAGUUGCUUUCAAACAUCUCCUCAGGGUCCCCCAGAUGUUUCACAAUGGUGUUGUAUCCCUGCGCUAGCUCUUAACCUAGUCAAGGGCUUUAUGAUUAGUUGACGAUUGGAACCAGGUGUGUUAACUUUAGAGUAGUUCAAAUACAUGGAAUUGCUGGGCGCACCCAAGGAGAGGUUUGAAAACCACUGCCUUAGGCUAUUUUUGUAGCGUGUAGUAUAUCAUAUGAAACAACAAAGAAAAUCCACUUCUCAGGAUCAGUCCUUAUCUAUAUUGAUAAUUCUGUAAUGGUGGAAGGAGCUAUAGGAGGACGGGCUCAUUGUAAUAGCUGGAAUGGAAUCAAUGGAAUGGUACCAAACACAUCAAACACAUGGAAACCACGUGUUUGACUCCGUUCCAUUGAUUCCAUUCCAGCCAUUACAAUGAGCCCAUCCUCCCAUAGCUCCUCCCACCAGCCUCCUCUGAUACAUACACUAUUACUGUAGCACACACGUUAAUGGCCAUUUUAAUAAUUCAUGACCAAAUGUUUACUCAAUAGAGAUACCAUACAGCAGAACAGCUAAGCAGACAGAAUGAUCAAUAUAGAAAAGGACUGAUCCUGAGAAGUGGAUUUUCUUCGUUGUUUCAUAUGAUAUACUACACGCUACAAACAUAGCCUAAGGCAGUGGUUUUCAAACCUCUCCUCGGGUGCGCCCAGCAAUUCCAUGUAUUUGAACUAUUCUAAAGUUAGCACACCUGGUUCCAAUCGUCAACUAAUCAUAAAGCCCUUGACUAGGUUAAGAGCUAGCUCAGGGAUACAACACCAGCCUCAUCUGAUAUGUACUGUAUGUACAGCAUUAGAGGGGUAGAGGGUCCUUGAAGACAAUCACAAAGUGCUGAUGUCAGUGUCUUUCUGUGCCAUAUAUCAGUAGUUCAAAGGUAAAAUCCUACUAAUCAACAGUGAGAGUAAGAGGCCAGAUGAUAAUAUUGGAAGGUGGUAGAACAGCUGUAGACACACAGUAUGGGGUCGCAACCUCUAGGCUUUACCAUAUGUGUGAUAUGCAAAUAGUGUAUCACAUGGCCGACUACAUCCAGAUUUAUUUCUGCAGGCAUUGUAUACAUUUUUCUUUAACCCUUUCAAUGCAUGCUUGGUGAUUUUAUAUUGUUACAGUUAUACAAUGAGGUCACCUGUCAUUAUUUUUCUGCUAGCUAGUGUUCUUUGUGCCUGGAGAGCAAUGCUAGACGUCCUAUACUCCCAAUGGGGGCCAAGAGGAUUGACUUAACUAACCUUCCUCUCCCUCUCUGUGAUUCUCAGGUUUGUGUUCAUGGUCCUCUCCCAGCUGGACCUGGAGCUGUGUGACCCAACCGCCAUCGUCCCUCCGGUCAACCCCAGUCGCUAUGGUUUCGGGAUGCUCCAGCCCGAAGGAGACCUGGAGGUCCGCUACAGACUAAAGACUCUGCACUAGGACACAACCCCUAACCUCUGACUCCUGCAUCCUGCACUAGAACUAGGACAUGAUUAGCCUGGUCCCAGAUCUGUUUGUGCU